AUGUCUGCCCAACAAGAACAUCCGAUUGCACAACUAUCAACAUCGGACCGGGAGAAAUUUGAGGAGCAUCUAGCAAGAACGGGGUUAUUUAAGCUCAAAUGCAGCACACGCGCAGGAACGCAAUUUCCCGUUGUGUUUCCACGGUAUUUUGGAACAGAUGAGGAAGAAUUCACAGCGUAUCGAUGGAAGGCGUUCGCCAACAGACGAGCGGGUACCAACGUGGCGACUCCACGCGCAAAACCCAAAUGGACUACCAGUACGAAAAAAUCAACUUCCAUGAAGUGGAGCGCCGUUGUCAAGGAAGGCUUACAGGAAGUUGAGAAACCAAACGGGACUGCUAAGACGUCGAUCGCCAUACAGACCACUUUACAACCUUUGGGCGCUGUUUUGUUGAGAUCCAUGUAUGAUCCGAAACAUUUGCCUCAAUACCCGGGGUUGGCACCUCAUGGACUCGUCAACAACGGUAACAUCUGCUACAUGAACUCGGUUCUGCAGGCCCUGUUUGCUUGUCCUCCGUUCAGCCAGAUGCUGAGCGUUAUCCAAAACCUCACAAUGGGCCAGAUACAGUCGCGCACACCCAUAAUGGACGCAUUGGUCGCAUUACACGAAUCUUUCAGUCACUCCUCGCCGGAAGUGCUCACCACAACCGCCUUCUAUGGCAACAUUGCCAGAUUGCCUCGAUUCAGUCACUUGAAAUGGGGAAGACAGGAGGACGCUGAAGAGUUCUUAGGCUAUUUAUUAGACGGUCUACACGAAGAAUUCCUCGAGAGCAUUUCUCGUUUGACGGACAAGGAAGUGACCGAUCUGCAAACCUCAAUCACAGACCCUUCGAUUUUGAAAUCAAUUAAUUCAGCUCUAGAGAUGAUCAAAAUUGGCCAAGUGAACGGUACAUCGCAGAGUGAGGACAACGGAUGGAUGGAAGUUGGCGCAAACCAGAAGCUGGCCGUGAAGAGACAAGUGGACAUCAAACCGUCGCCUGUGGUGGAACUGUUUGGUGGAAACUUCCGCUCGAUUCUGCAGCUUCCAAAUAGCAAAAAAUCGUCCAUCACGUUGGACCCAUUCAUGCACGUCCAAUUAGAGAUCAGCAACAAUGACACCCACGACCUAUACACUGCCUUUGAGAAGUUUUCGAUGGUGGAAGAGAUCUCGUAUGGCGACCACACUGCCAAGAAACAGAACUUGAUCGACAAGUUACCAAAAGUCCUCAUCAUCCAUCUCAAGCGGUUCUCGUUUGUCUCUAACGAUGACAGAAACGACAACUUCGAUGACUACGAAGUUGUCUCCUCGAAACAGCGCAGAAAUAAGACAUCUGCAUCGCACACUUUGCCGCCCGAGCCUACUCACGCAAAGACCUAUGAGGCAGGCGGCCGCAUUGAAAAACUGCACAAAAAAAUCCAAUACCCGCACAAUCUUUCGCUUCCGGUGUCCUGCAUCUCGUCCAAUGUGAUGGACCAGCCAAACUACAAAUUAAUCGGCGUGGUGUACCAUCAUGGCCGUUCCACAGAGGAGGGCCAUUAUACAGCAGACGUUUUGGGAGCAGAGAAUCAUUGGUCUCGUGUUGAUGACACCUUGGUAACCCAGAUCAGCUCUGACGACGCAAUUGAAAACGGCAUGGGCGGAGGAGUCUCGAACGGUAAGAGCGCGUACAUUUUGUUGUACGAGAAAGUAGCUGCAGAAACUGUAUAA